CAUGCCUACAUGGUCAGCCAGUACAGCGAGUACUUGAAGAGGGCAGUGUUCAAUUACCGGCUGAGUCGUGCAAGGAGGCUCAUAGAAAACAGUUUUGGUAUCCUGGCUAGUAGGUGGCGAAUACUGAAGAGACCUUUUCGAGCGUCAGAAGAAACCACUGAGAACAUUGUAAGGGCAUGUGUUACGCUUCAAAAUUUACUGAUGAAUGAUUCGGUGUUCUCAAGGACAACGUACAACCCUCCUGGAUUUGUUGACCAUGAAGACUGGGAGGGAAAUGUCACAAAUGGGGCAUGGAGGAACGACAGUAGUGCCCUUCCUGGAUGGACAGACCAGGGGUACCACUCUGCUCGGGCUGGAUUGGAAGUAAGGGAUAGACUGGAAUCCUACUUCAUGAGUGACGGCCAGGUGCCAUGGCAGGAAAGUGUCGUGACCCGUGCAGGACGGCAUGAAAUGUGAACCAUGCCAGUACCGAGAGGAAGGUCCAUUGGAUGCUCGCCUUUUGGCAGACCUGCAGGACAGGCCACAUCAUUACACUCAA